GCCAAAAAACUCCACUAUUCGCAGUUGCUCGACGUAAGGUUUAGUCCCGGGGUAUUUUUUAGGAUUCGGUUUUUUUAUAUCUCGAAUUUAGUUGGAGCCGUUGCUGCCAUGACAAAGAUACCCAACGGAAUAAACAAUCAAGUUUAAAACAGCUUUCUCAUCUCGGCAAGUGCUGAAGCCCGGUCGAUGGCGUAUGAAAGAUUGCCAGCUCUGAUUGCUGAAUUGUCCUACAGUAAAAGCGAUGGGGACAGACAUAGAACGCGAGCAAGGGUGCAGGAGCGCUUUGAUGUAUGCAAUGCUAGGCUCGAUCAACUCGUAAAGGAAAAUCGAGAAAUUAUAUCAAAAGUUGUGGAAACUAGCAGUAAAACAAUUCAGUUGGUGGCAGUCGCUAAGUUCAAAUGCCGCUCACUGAAAGAACGAAUAUUGGCUUGCAAAGAGAAGCUUCAAUGUAAGCAAGAUGAUCUGCGGAAACUUUGGCUAGAAUCUCUUCAGCACCAGUGUGCUCACAAAAUGCUAGAACAAAUUGACAAUCUAAGAAAUGUUCUGAGAGACAUAAAUAACGACUUGCAUGAUAAAAAGUUCUUGCAGGCCACGGAUGUUCUCGCAUCUUCAUUAAAGCUUAUGGAAAGCGAAGACUUUCGUAAUACCGAUGGUCUUAAAGAUAUAAAGUCAGAGUUGUAUCGCCUCCAAGAAAAAAUGUAUUCCGUAAUUUUAGAUGAGUUACGCCAGGAAUUAUAUGCAUCAGCUUUCGAUGGUGCGUUUAGAAAGUUUCAGGAACAGAUGAAUGUAACGAAUGGCGAAAUUGAUUGCCAUGAAUCUCCUGUGAAUGCGUUUACAAGAUGCGUAAGUGAAGAAAAUUUUGGUUUGGCACAUGUUGCUACCCUUUUGCAUUGUAUUACAGUUUUAAAGAAGUUACCAGAAACAGCUGAAUUUUUAAAGGAACGAUGCGGCGAAGAAUUUUUGAAUAUCAUUAAAAAGGCGUCUAUAUUUUCAUAUGAUUAUAUUAAAAAAUCUUCGGAUAUUCCGGUACUAGAUUUACCCAGUGAACAGCAAUAUUCAUAUAUGGUCGGUUUGCUGGAAGUAAUUUUGGAUAUUUUUAGGCAGAUCUUAUUAAAUCACAAAAUGCUUUUGUGUGUUAUGAAAGAAUCAGAUGCUUUUGAAGGAUUUUAUCAGAUAGACGAUAUUUAUUCACAAAUUCAAACCGCUGUUGAACAUUUCAUAGGUCGGUAUUUAGAACUCCAGCCUUCAACAACGUCACUUCGCAGAAAUACUUCUUUCCUUUCUAAUUCUGAAAAUGUAUGCGAUUGGUCGUCGUUCUUUCUGCCGAAGAAGCAUUACGAAAAUAAACAACCUGUGCUUUUUAGCUUCAGCAAUUCCUCUCCCGAAUUGGGCUUGGACACCCAGAAAAUCCAAGGAGGAAACGAAACUAACAGGUCUGAGAAUGACUCCAGGAAAAUGACAAUGGUAUGCAAACCAGCGCUUAGAAACAUUGUUUUUAUAUUUCGUCCCCUUAAAUCUUUCAUUACGGAAAUAGAGAAAUCAUUGCAGUUGGAGCCAGGCAUAUAUUGCCCGUUACAUGUCUUUUUGUCUGACUGCGCUAGUUUAUUUUUAGAUCAAGUGAGCAGUGAAGUCAACAGAGUUUUCGGGAGUCUUUCAAAUACAAUGGAAGCGUGGAAAGUUGUAGUAAUUAAUGAAAAUUUUACAUCAAAAGCUGGUACAGAAAAACAGAUUCUAAGCAGUACUUUAAUCUUAAGUAAUUCCUUAAAAGAAUUGCAAGAUUUAAUAACUUAUCUGCCAGAUUACGCCAACCAUUUUUUACACCUUAUGCAUUAUAUAAUUUUAGAUUACAAAGAGUUAGUUCACAAAGCAUUUAAAAGUUUAAUUGGCGAAGAUCAGACCAUACUCAGCGCUUCAUGGGCCAGAGAUCCAGACAUAAGACGCCUUCUAAAAUCCUUUUCAAACUGGAAGUACAUGCAAGGUGGGGACUCAAAUGAUAUUAUAGAAUCACCGGAAGAAAUUCGUUUAAGAAAUAAAGAAGAAUCGGAAUUGCUUAUUCGAAAUCUGCAUUCGGAAGAGCUGUCUUCUUGGGAAAUUAUUAGCGAUCCCAACAAACUAACUUACCUGUCUCUUCUGCAGGAAAGUUUAGAAUGGUUUACACCCAAGAUCUUUAAUUUAAUAAAAGGUUUUGAACUUGAGGAUUCUGUCGCCGUUACUAGUGAAGAAUCGAAAGAUAUUGAUGUUGAAACUAUUUCAUUGAUAAUGAUGGGCUUGAAAAAGUUAGCUAAAGAGUACGAUGAUUUGGCGGACGUGUGUCUGCUAACACUUCAUUUAGAGGUACGAGCGCACUGCUUUUAUUACCUUCUAGCAUUCUCUGGUCGUGAUCCAGCCACAGAUUAUAGUCUUAACCAAGAAUUGGUGAAUUCUGUACAAAAUUUGUCUUCAGAUCUCUUAAAGAUAGAUGAAACGCUAAUGCCAUUUUUAUCCACAAACAAACUGAAAUAUAUAUUUGAGGGCGUUGGCGAACUGUUAGCAUCAAUUGUUAUAUUGAAUAUUGCAAAUCUGAGCAAAAUCAGCGAUAAUCUAUUCCAGAAAAUACAUCGUGCCAUUUUUAUUUUACAGUGCUGUCUGGGUAAUAUAAUACUUACUAGAGAGUUAUCAUUAGAGAGAGCUAAACAGUAUAUUGAUCUUUUGAACUUCAGUUAUAAUGAGAUACUGAAUCAGAUUGUUGAAGAAGGACCGAGGUUCCGAGAACACGAGUAUGCUUCAAUUUUUAGACUCAUAUCUUCUAAAGGAGGUGAUACGAGUCCUAACAUGUUAAAUGAUAACUUGCUAAAAUUAGCUCAGAUUUUUAAAAGAAUUUCGGUCACGAUAUAGCGUUUUUUACGUACUCUCAAUUUCUAGAAUUGGAGAAUGGUUUCCUUUGGAAUAUUUCUUCGAAUAUAAGUUCUCAAAGCGGCAAGUUGUUUUCCUUUCAAGCCUUAGAACAUUUCUUUUUCAUGACUGAUAGUUAUCCUUUGUCUGCUUAGUUUCGUUUUUCGCGUUUUUCCCUCUAACGGCGGUGGUUUGUUAUGAAAAGGAACUGAAAAUUAAAUAUCAAUUUUAGAAAACUCAUGUUAUUUGUUGAAAGUAUGGAAUGGAUUUUUCUUGCUAUUUACAUAUUUCUGAUGUAUUUUCGCUUUGUUGUGAAACACACUAAAUGUUCUAGUGUAUGUUCAACUGUUGUAUGAUAGUUAUUUUGAACUUUGAGCGAAAUUUGUGCUAUAAGAUGCAUUUUGUAAAAAUAAAACCCUUUGAACAUG